UGCCACUACAAUUUUCAGAGGUUGAGUCUUUUGAAGCUCUCUCUCCUCCCGAGUCCCGACCAUGGUGAUGAAGUGAUGUAACACGACAGAAAGGCAAAACCCUUUUACUCUUCACCCCAAUUGGCACAUAAGUAGUGGAAAAGAAGAAACACUGAAAGAUUUAGAGAGAUGAAGAUCUCCGUCAACUUUUGGCUGAGAGGGUAUUCAUGAAAAAAAAAAAAACUCAAAUUUUCUUCUCUGUAUAAUUAAAAAUGGCAACUUUACAACAGCCCCGACUGGAUUUAGAAUCCGGUGGUGGCGAUGGAGCCGGAGAUGACACCCGCCGGCAGUCUGGAUCAUCUGAUGGUAGUGAAGAGAGUUACAGAACUAGUAUUGGGACUGCAGGGAUGGUGCCGGAGGAAGUGGUGGAAACUGGGAUAUCAUCCUCUGUUUCAGAGACCUCGGCGGUGGAUCUGGAAACUGGUGGCGGUGGCGGAGGCGGAAAUAAGGUACAUUUGUUGAAGAUCGAAAAGGAUUGUAGGAUUUGUCAUUUGAGUUUGGAUGUAAACAAUCAAGAAUCGGGAAAUGGGAUUCCGAUUGAGUUGGGUUGUUCUUGUAAAGACGAUUUAGCUGCUGCUCAUAAACAGUGUGCUGAAACUUGGUUCAAGAUUAAGGGCAACAGAACGUGUGAGAUAUGUGGAUCAACUGCAAAAAACGUUGCUGGUGUAGAUGAGGCUGAACCAAUAGACCAAUGGAGCGAAACAAAUGGUUCAACACCAUCACGAGCCGCUGCACCCAUGGCUACAUCAGAGACCCGCAACUUCUGGCAAGGCCAUCGGUUUCUCAACUUCUUGUUAGCUUCUAUGGUUUUUGCUUUUGUCAUCUCCUGGCUUUUCCACUUCAAUGUGCCAUCGUGAUUGUGAAUAAUGAUCAUGAUUCAUGAGAAUUAGAGGCAAAGGCCAUGCAAGCAAAGAAGAGUUAGUGGAGUACUUUUUAAUUUGUUGAUAUUAUGUAGUCUUAAGUCUUUCAUCUAUUAGAUAUUGUAUUGUUGUUGUAAGCUUUAAGAUAUUUAUGAAUUGUUUUAAGAUUAAAGAAAGAACGCCAAAUUUGACUUUUGAAUGUCGG